GCCAGGGUCAUCACGGCAUUUCUGUUCCGAUCGCGACUGCGUGACAUUGCGCCUCUAAACAAAAUAUAAACUUUAAAGUGAACGAAUGGGGAAAACGGAAAAAAAAAUAAAAUCGGAACGAAUUAACGCACUCAGAAAACAAUAUGACGCUUUUCUUGAAGAAGAUAAGAAAAGAAGGGAGCGUAAUGAAUUCAUACUGGACAGAUUGGAUAAAAUACGAUAUUGCACUGCUACAGUUCCCUAUCGCAAGUCGAACGUUUCCAAUCUUCGCUCACAAAUUCAAUUUUCAAGAAACCAAGAUAUUCAGGCAAGAUCAACAAACGAAAUACUAGCGUAUUUAAAUUCUUUUAGUGGUAUUGACGAUACAACGAUUCAAGAAAUAUGUAAAAAGUUUGUAUUGAUUCCUAAAGUUCCUUCUAGUGUACCGAAUAUGAAUUUCAUUGAAAACAGAUAUAAGGAUUCGGAGCCGAACGAUAAUGUUGAUUGGAAAAGAAAAUACGAAAUCUUAAAUCAAUUGAAAAAUAUCGAGAAGGGCUUAGGUUUGGAAAAUUCUGUUCCGAAAAAUGAAUUGCAAAAAAAUUGUGGAAGCUUAAAUACAAAAAUCGAAAUGGUCAAUACUGAAACAGAGUUUAGACAGGAUCUUCCCGAAAAAGAUGUAUCUGACGUUACAUUUCAUAAAACUGUAACCAAUAAGAAUUAUCAUAACGAGCUUUCUUUAGAAGAAAAUCAGAGUGAACCAAAUUUGCUUAUGCCAGAAACAUCAAACUUUUCACAAGACAAUGAAUAUAAUGAAAUCAAUGUAACACAAUCCACGCCCUUAGACAAUACGGAACCCAUUAUUGCUGGAAAUUCAAAUAUGAUCCAAAAUCUGAAUACAGAAAAUAAUGAUUCGCAAAUUUUUAAUCCAUGUCAAGAUUUGCAUAGUGAAAUUGAUCAAAAAACAUUAACCCCAUUGUUGGAUAAUACAGAUCACAGCAAAACACAUUCACCGCAAUUCCAAGAAACUGUUGAUGAUAGCAAUUUAAAUGAAGGUGAAUAUUGUUCUACAACCAAUUUAGGUAGUAAUGAAGUACAGUUGGAAAAAACUGAAAUCCUCAGUAAUACUGUAGAUGGUCCAAAUGAAACUGUGAUUUCUCCUUUAUUAGUAGAUGAUCCUGAAAACAGAGAUACUACGAGUCCCGAAACAGUUCAAGUAAAUGAAACCGAUGAUUCAAUUCAUCAUAGAAAUAAAGAACACGAAUCACAUAAACAUAAUGAACAAUUUGAGCAGCAAGCAGAUUCAGAUGUUUCGGGUAUUGAGGCCUUUAACGCAGAGCAAAACGAAAUGUUUUAUACAGAACAAACAGAUGAGAAUUAUGUUUAUGAUCAAGCAGUGGAGGGUGCACAAUACAACCAAGGAUAUGAACAAAAGCCAGAUUAUGAACAGAAUGAACAGUACGCAUAUUAUGAAGGCGAUCAGCAGCAAGCUUACCCGCCUGAAAUAAAUGAACACGAAGAAACGAUGGAGCGCUACGACCAAAAUUAUGAAGAACAGUAUGCUGCAUAUGAACAAGGCGAUUACAAUCAACAACAAGAAUACGAGCAACCAGUGGAACAAUACGAGCAACCAGUGGAACAAUACCAGCAACCAGUGGAACAAUACCAGCAACCAGUGGAACAAUAUCAGCAACCAGUGGAACAAUACCAGCAACCAGUGGAACAAUACCAGCAACCUGAAGAAGAGGUACAGGCCUUCCAACAAGAACCUCAACCGGUAACAGAAUUUGAACAGCAGCCUUACGAAAACCACGAUGAUGCAAUUCACGAACUGAUUGAACAGAAAAUGAACAAUGAAGAAGGGUUUCUUGAGAACAGAAACAUUGAAAAUACUACAACAACUAAACCAGCAGUUGAAGAAAAGCUUGCUGAUGUUUCAACUACUUAACAUAUUCUGUAAUUUUAUAUGCAGUAACUAGA